UUCGGACCUGUUUGUUUACUCAUUUACUACUUACUAGACAUGUUAGAGUCAUACUUGCGCAGUCUGGCAGUGUAUCAUUGCGUUGGAUUGAUGCAUCAUGAUUAUGACGUAUGUUUGGCGCAGUUGGUCAUUUUGCACGAUUGAUCUGUCGAUCUUAUCCCAUGCUUCCUCUCUUUCACUGUUGUGGGAGAAUGUUUCAGAAAAGGAAGUAGGCCUAAGCCCAGUACAGCCUAAUUGAUCGACUAACAUGACUGAUAAAUGCCCAACAUGUAGGCCUACUAGUAAUAGUACUAUGAUUAUAGAUACUGGGCCUGUAGCCGUGGUAGCCGCCUUAGUCCAGCCCUGCCUAGUGUAGACCCACACACUCAUCAUUAGUGCAGAGACAAGAUCAGGUGCCUAGUGGGUGAAAAAUGUCGUCAGUAAAAGCGGAAGAGGAAACCAGUGAUGAAGCCAUGCUCCAUAUGGAUGUAGAACAGAUACCAAUGGUGCCUACCAUGCUUGCACAAGACAAUCUUGAGGAUGAAGGGCCAGUAGCCAAGAGACAGCGAUUAGAUGAUGGCGAUGCUAGGACAUCAAUGGAUGACAGCAUCAAGGCCAUUCUUUUUAACAUCAACAAGGCUAUAUGCUGUCGACUGGACAGUAUGGAACAAAAGUUGACCAACCUACACAACACCUGUAUGAAGAUGGGACGCAAGGUGGACUGUCUCAAUUUGACCGUUUCUCGGGCUAUGGCUAAAAUCAAGGAUGUUGAGACAGCAAUCAGUGAAAGCAAUGGUACUCCGUCCCCUAAUAAUGCUGUGGUUAUAGGGAUUCCUUCUGAGGAAGAACAGAGAGAGCCGAGUUCUCCACAAGCGUCAUCACUUUCAAGAAACCUCAGUCGUAAUGUGACAUUGAUUACACUGAACACAGAAGAGGACUUUCCACAUGGGUCCUGGCUAGGAGAUGAGACUAAUGUGGAAUGUAGAGUCCGAUGUGGUAUAUUGCCAACUGACAUGCUGCAUGUGAUGCAAACCUCCAAGACACCAGAGAAGUGCGCCCUCAAGCUGCUAGACUACCUCUUUGAUCGGGAGACGCAAGCAACGUCAAACUUGUCUGGAACAGGCAAACAUGGGAAGAAACAGCUGAACCCGCUCAUGAUUUAUGGACUGAGAUGUCACCUGAUCAAGCACUUUGGCAUCACUGAUACUGACUGGCAUCGAAUCCGGAUGAACAUUGACUCCAAAUGUCGCACUGCCUUCCGUCGUAAGCAACGGGGUCUGCCUCUGACUGUCAAGGCAUUUGGGUACAAGACCAGCACACCAGAGAGUGAUCACAUGUUUGCUGAAAGGUUUGAGGAGAGACAAGACACCAUGAAUGACUCACACAGCUCCGAUGACUGUAGCAGUUUGCACACCCACAGAGUUCAUGUACAAUUACCAGUUGACCACACCCACCUGCAGGAAUUAUCUCAUGAUGAAGAACAUCAUGCCCAGGCUGGAUCUGUUCUCAAGAAGGUUCAGAUUCAGCAGGACGGCAUAGAGUUGCAUGAGGGACAGAUCAACAUCACCCAGACUGGUGAGAUCCAAAUAGCCGUUGUAGAGGACCAUGGCACUGCAGGAACAACAUUGGUCCUCCAGCAGAGUGAACCAGUCCCUGACAAUCACCAUCACCACCCUGAUGAUGAGGAAGGUAUUCAUGAGGUCAGGGGUCAAGAUGGUGUCAUGGAUAGCAGUAGUGUUAAAAGUGGGACUCAGUGAAAUUGAAGGCAUACAAUGAACUGGUGAGAAAAUGCUACUCGUGUAUUUUGGAACAGACGUAUAAGUAUUUAAGAAGAGACAUAUUGACAAAGUGGUUGAUAUGCGUGGUGCAGUUACUAUUAAACACUUCUCUUUUAGUGUUCCCAAUGUUUGUGUAAAGAAAUCCAAAAGGGAACACAAAACAGCAGCUGCAGGAUAAAGGGGACUCCAGACUUGAAAAAGAUGCCCCCAAACCGGCAACUAAAUCUGGGACAUUAUGAACCUGCUUAGCUGGCAAUAAUUGCUGAGGAAAUCGGCUUCCUGUUGGUUUGUUAUUUCCAGCACAAAACUUCCACUCACACCAAGUUGCAACCUUCACAGUUAGGGGGCGUACAACCCAAGCAAAGCCAGAGAAUUCAAAGAAAUUACCCGGAGUAAAUUUCUAUUGAGCAGCUAGCAGCCCUGAGUGAUCCCACUAGUAGAAGGACUGGUCCUCUCUGGUUUCUUCAGUUGAUAUACAUUGUAAACGAGACUCUUCAAAUCUACCGAUGCACUACUGUGUUCACGCAAAUAUCAAGGGCUUGUUCGUUU